GGAGGAGAAAGUGAAAGGGGAGGAGUGGGAGAGAAGCCCCGGCCUGCGGAGAUUGAGAUGCGAUUGUGCGAGUGGAAACGGCAGAGUGGUCCGAAGCAGAGCACAAGUGCCUCUGAAAUCACGCCGUGGAUGUGCUGGCAGCGGGGGAAAGUGGGAAAGUGACCGCAGCGACUUGUGCCGGCUGCAGCUGCGCGUUCAUGCUCCUGCGCACCCGAGGAGGCGAGGAAGGCGAGAAGAGUGAGGAAGAAGAAACCAAAGAAGACGAGAGGAGGCCCGGACACCAGCCCUUCUCGGCCCUUGGAGGUCGGUCCACUCUCCCCUCCUGGCCCUGCAUGGACGGGGAUGGGGAGAGACGGAUGUUGUGGCCGCGGGGCUGAGCGCCUCGCCUCACCGCGUCCGGUGCGCCGCUUCCGGCCACUGCUGCCGCUGAUCCUCGCUGUUUGCUUCGGAGCCCACUUUGGUCAGUGUCAGGUGGCCACUCCUCAAUGUCGAAUCCAGAAGUGCACGACUGACUUUGUCUCCCUCACCACCCACCUCACGCCCGCCGUGGAUCGCUUCCAUGAAGAGUUCUGCAAGGCUCUUCGUGCUUACUCGGCCUGCACGCAGAGAACCUCCAAGUCCUGCCGAGGAAACCUGGUCUUCCACUCAUCUGUGCUGGCCAUCUCUGACCUCAUGAGUCAGCGGAACUGCUCCAGAGACGGGCCUACUCCCACCACGGGCCACAUGGACGCACCUGAGCCCUGCAACUACCACAGCCGGACGCAGCACGCGCACUCGCACCUGCACUCUCACUCGCACUCACAUGGCCGCACUCAGCCCGGAUACCUGUUCUGUGGCCUGUUUGGGGACCCGCACCUGAGGACGUUUAAGGACAGCUUCCAGACCUGUAAGGUGGAGGGGGCGUGGCCUCUCAUCGAUAAUGACUAUCUAUCAGUGCAGGUCACAAAUGUUCCGGUGGUAACAGGAUCCAGCGCCACGGCAACCAACAAGAUUACCAUCAUCUUCAAACCCUAUGAAGGCUGCACGGACCAGCGGGUCUACCAGGCCGUCACCGAUAAUCUCCCCGCUGCCUUUGACGACGGCACCGUCAGCAGUGGAGACCCCAUCCACUCUUCAGCCGGUGCAAAUGGUGCCGCCAGGAAGGUCCGGGCGCUAUGGAUCUCAGAGCGCAGCCCUGGCCACCACGUGGAGCUUCAUGCUGGCUACAUCGGCGUGACGGUGAUCGUCCGGCAGCUGGGCCGCUACUUGACCCUGGCUGUUCGGAUCCCUGAGGAGCUGGCUCAGGCCUACGACGCCACCCAAGACCUGCAGCUCUGUUUGAACGGCUGCCCCAGGGGGGAGCGAAUCGACCAGGGUGGUCACCUGCCGUUGUCCCCGCCUCCUCUGAGCCUGCAGCUUCAGCAGAUGCGUCGGCCCAGUUUUGCCUCUCAGACUCAGCUGUCCCUUCACGGCUCUCCACAGGUCUUCAGCCUUGAUGGGGCGAGGGAGCGCUGUCAAGAGAAGCUGCUGGUGCAAGAUAUUUACUACUCCUCCUGUGUGUUUGACCUCCUGACCACCGGGGACGCCAACUUCUCUGUGGCUGCCUAUAGUGCCCAGAAAGACAUGGAGAGUCUUCACCCUCACCAAGACAGAUGGAGGAUCUACCCAAAGGGCUCUGCUCCCUCCACAUUCUACCCUGACACGCCAAGACUUCUGCUACUUCUCCUGCUGUGUAAACUGUGUCUUGAAUAAGCACUAACAUGAAACACCAGCUUCUCACUCCAAGAGGAAGUUGGGAGCUUGUUUGUCUCUGGUGUAUUUAUUCUUGUCCUCCCCUCUGUGGAGGCUUGUCUGGAACAGAGAGCCCUGGAGAAAUCACAGCAGUCGUGAAGAUCCAGUAAUAUGACCCUAAUGACAAUGUCGAUAUCCUUGUGUGUGUGUGUGUCCCACCAACACAAACACACACUCUGAUCUGUAUAUAGUUUUGUUUUUUUGUGCACAGUGUGAUGCCGCAGUUCAAUGUGAUUUUCUUUAAUACCUCAGACAGAGGAUGUUUGUUUCAAAGAGGCACUUUAUUUUCCUGUUUUUAAAUCCACAACAGUGUUUCUUAUUCUCAACCAACAUGUCCACUGGAUGACAUCAGCUGAUUUGGAUUUAGUUGUGAUUAGAUCCCGCAGUAUGAAUUUCCAUCAUUUGGAAAAGUCACUUGUCAACGUGACUUCUUUGUCGAAUGUAUUUUCUGUUGUUGAUGCCAUCUCUACUGUAGCUUUGCUGUCCUUCAGCCACGUCUGUGUGAAUGUGUCGUCUCUACUGUCUGACCGCUCCUCCAGAGGAUCAGCACUCACAGCUUCAGUUGUAUUCUUUUGAGCCGCAGACUUCACUCUACUGCUCUCCAGCGUGCCCAACAUCGCUCAGCACCAAACCAGCACUUUCUCCCCCACACAGUCAUCUUCAGUCCAUCUCAUGCAGGAUUCGUUCAGUCGUGACUGGACUCUUCAAACAUCACUGGGUUGUGGUCAAUGGUGGUGACUUAUGGCACCGCUUCAAAUCCCUUGUACAGCAUUGCGUGUUACCAACGUCACUGUUGGUAUUGUGAUCUCAUUUUGUGUCAAUGUAGUUUGGUGAAUGACUGGUCAAUGUUAAUACUUAACUUAUUUAUGAAAGUAGUGUUCAGUAGAAGUUCAGCUUCAUAUUCUUGCUGUUUGGUCAUAACAAUUUUAAAGUCAGAUGUGAUUGUACUGCCACCUAGUGGCGCUCUCUUGCUUUGUAAGUGUGUUUCUCAUAACACUUAAAAACAUGGAAGCGAAGUAUUUAUUAUUUUCAGUGUUUUUGUCCAUGUUGAGACGAUUCGAACUUUCACCCGAGAUGAACGACAGAAGAAUGAGGAUUUGUGCAGUCAUUUUUCAUGCGAGUCAAAACACACUAAUACAUGCUAGUUCAACACAUAAUGUAAGAAAAAAAAAACGUUUAAAGGCGUUUAUGUAUGGAAAAAACAAAACACAGGAUAUUAAGUUUGAACGCGACAAGAUUUAUUAAAAUGUCACAAAUAUGGUUGCCUUUUAUACAUUAGAGCUAAUUUUUCAUCUGUGAAAUUGCUUUCAGUUUUAAAUCCUUCAUUUUCUCAACAUAAAACAAUGAACACGCAACGAUCACCCAAGUGUGAGCUAGUGUGUACACACCAGUCGUCUGAGGUCACGUCUAAUCAGAUACUACAACAGACCUUUUCUCAACCGCCACUUUUCAGCAGCACCUGCUGUCUCACUUACUGAAAAGAAGAUGACAAGAUUCCCAGCUGGGUUUCUGGUAGCGUUAAAGACAGACCUCUUUACCUGAGAUGACACUCUUAACAGUGAGUUUUGAACCCAACUAGAGGUCUAGUUCACAAAGCAAAUGGGAAGAGGUCCAUUGAGGAGACAGCUGAGAAUUAUAUCCUCACUCAUCUUUAUGACUGUUGAGCCCCGCUCAGCCUUAAACUGAGACAAACACAGAUUUCUAUAAAAGAAAAGAAAAUCAGUUAAUAAAAGUGAAAUCACUCCAUCUAAAAUGUGGUACUCACCACUUCACAAUGGCAUAUAAUGUUAUGAGAGUGUUAAAGACAAGACUCUUGAAGAAAAGCAGCCUCAAGAUCAGAACACUCAUUGUGGUGGUCAUCACGACAACAUCUGCAGGGCAAAACACCCAGAAAUAAUUUCAAAAGCAGGUAUGAAUGGAAUAAUUACGUGAUAUGAUGUGAAAUAUUUUACCGUCUGUCUCUUGUUCUCCUGAGCAGACAUCACUUUCAUCUCCUGAGGGAUUGAAACAGAGCAUCAUGUGUAACCAGCUACAGUAUAUGGUGAUCAGAAAUGAAAGGAUCUGCUCAGUGCCCACCUGAGAAGGUGGUCCGAGCCUUCUUCUGCACCCUGGGAUGUCGAGGAUAGUUGACAGAGCAGAUGAAAGAAGGCCAGUCGUCGGUCGUCACGGUGAUUGCUGACACUGCACUGUGUUCACGGAGCUGUCUGUGCACAGCAAAGCUGUACAUCCAGUUGCUGUCUUGGCCUUGUGACGGGGACGUCCAGCUGACCUGCAGAUUCCCUCUCCUCAAGUCCCUCACCAUGCAGACCAGCAGCGUCCAGCCCAGACGUUCUCCAGACAGGUGGACUGGAGGAGCCAGAGAAGCCAGCACAUGACCUCUAACCCCUGGGUAAACAAAACUCCAGCCUUAUGAGCAGUUCAUAUUCGAUUACAUUCUUAUAAAUACACAAGAAUAUGAUUCACAUCAAUUUGGAAAAAAUACUGUACAGGCGAGAAGUUCAAGAGACAAGUUUCAGCAGACAAAUUUAACCACACUGUGAUUCAUUGGAUCGAUUACUUUUGCUGUCUGAACAGUUGUUUAAAUUAAACAAUCUUAGUUUGCUUCAUAUGCUUUUUGCAGUUACAAAUGAAACACACACAUGUUUGUUUCACUAUUUUUGUGAGGACCUCUCAUUGACAUAACCCUUUCCCCGGCCACUCACAGUUAACUGAACCGUCCAAAACAAAUGGCUAACCUUAACCAGGACUCUGAA